GCCCAAGCCUCUUCGGGUCACGUGGAGGUGAGCACGCGCUCUCACCCGCAGGAAAGUGACCGGCUGUUGCUGAAAGUGAACCUUCGGGGAACGUGUGGAGACGAGUGAUGUGCGCAUGCUCAGGCUCCUGGUUGGUGAAUUCGAACUUCCCCGGGAGACACUGCGCUCAAGCUGAAGUUGUCAACGCGCCCCAGCAGCCCCAUGCUCCUGCCCAUGCUCCAGGGGCCGGUUGGGGGGAACGACGCGCGCAUGCUCAGGCUCCAGUGAGAGCAUGCGCGUGUGCCUGUUUGCGCGUGUCCAGGUUCUGGAAGGGGACGGUUGAGGUGGGUGGAUUUAGGCUUCCCAGGAGCCGAGGUGCGCAUGCUCAGGAUCCGCGGCGACCCCAGACGCGGUGCCCAGGCUCUCUUCUGCGCAUGCCCACACUGUGGAGCAGCACCCUGCGGCGGUUGAGGACGGUGGUGGCGGCGGCGGCGCCUCUAACCAGAUGCUGGUGUUGAUGCUUGUCGCGGUAGCGUCCUUGCGGCUCUGCUCGCUGGCCAGAGCUCAGCCGCUGUGCCGUGUUCACACGGUGAGGACAGGAAAGAUAACUCAGGAUGUUCAUGAAACUCCAGGGAUUUUGCAACCAUCUGCCCAGGAUGUCCUGUAUUUUUCAUCUACAACACGCCUGAUUAGACAUCCUUGCAAGAAAAACACAGCCCUAUAUCUAGGACAACAACUUUUUUUCACGAGAAAUAACUUUGAGAGUAGUCUUCCUCCACUUUCCAUCCCUACGUCAAUGCAGGUUGGCAUACCAGAAGUAACAUCAGCACAUUUUGCUGGUCCUCUAUUGCUGUUAGUAGUGAAUAAAAAAGUCUAUAUUUAUAAUUAUAGAGCCAAUUCCUGGACUGCAUCAAGAGGCAUAUAUCACCCUGUUUCACAUAUUUCUGGUGACAACUGUUGCUACAGUAGGCAUCCCUUUUGCUUGGAUGUAAGUAAUUUGAUUUUUGCCUAUUUGCGUGGAGACGAGCUAUCUAAGACCAAUAUAUAUUUCUCCGAUCGCUGGGCAUACAAAUUUAUGGAGUAUGCCUCUGUUACACAGUCAGAAAUAUUGCGGUCUUUGGGUGGGAUCUUCUACUUUCACUCCUUGUCACAGGCUGCGCUGCUUGUCAUUGAGCAAGGGCAGGCCAAGUUUGGGUACUCGGACCACCCUCUGGACCGCAGUUUUGGGCUGCCCUUUGACUACAAUGGCACCCUUGAUGUCCUCAUCGUCCCCGGCCAGAAAGGCAUUCUGAUCUUCUGGUUCGAGAAGAGCCUGCUAGUUUCCCGAAAUUCAGGUCAGCUCGUCUUCCCUGUCCAGGUGCAAGAAGGACCUGCUACCUUGUAUUCCUCCGUUUUGGAUGCCGGUAUCACCAUCCACUGUGUGGCUGCGAAUGAGAAUGGACUGGCAGUCUUAACUCGGGAGGAUAGUUUGUAUUAUGGCAGCCUGGGAAUCCUGACAAGUGUAAUAGUCAAACUUCCACACCAAAACAUCUGGUCCCCACAGGCAGCCCUGAUGUUCAGUGACCUGGGGAUCCUUGAAAUCCUGACCCCACUUCCUGACUCGGAGUUUCCAGCUUUUGAUUUCCAGAAGUGCUCCGUGAAUAUCCAGGCCGUCCUCAUGGACCCUCAACUCCAUAUUGACCUCUGCAAAGUAGAAGUACUGCAAGGAUCAUUUGACAAUAAAAUGUAUACCAUUGAUAUGAACAGCAAAUUGGAGUUGGCCGCCGAGAUGAUACCCCGGCCAGGCACAACCCCUGUCCCAUUCGCCAUGGUGAGCAAUCCCCACUCUUUGGGACUUCAUGUCUACAACUACGAAGAUGGCUACACCUAUGAUGGGAACACCAGGCACAGGCUGAACAUUUCCCUGAAGCAGCAGCACCACUGGGGCAGGGCUGACACCAACUUCACCUCCAGCAUAGAGAGAGCCACAUUCUCCACCAUCACUGUGGAUAUAGCCAACAAGGAAAUUUCGUGCGUGGACCUCAAGCCACUGACGGCGCUCAUUUCCAUUGGCUGUGACUUGAAGAAAAAGAUCGUUGUUCAGAACGAAAUCUCAGCCUGUUCCGAAGGCAACCUCGACCCCGUGGUCCUUCAGGACAAUUACAGCUACGUCAUCGAGAAGGAAGCCUACGACCCCAACCUCCAGGGCCAGAAGGCCGACCAGGACCUGGUGGUGCACUACCCUUACGAGAAGCUGGGCUGUCCCCUCCUCGUCCCCUAUGACACUCCCUGGAAGCCCGUGGUGGAACUGUGGCAGGGAGAGAAGUUCCAGGAGGUUGUGAAGGCCGAGUACGUCUUGCUGGAGGUGAACGGGCUGUUCACAUACACGUACUCCCUGACGGCGAGGACCGCGCGCUGCAAUUCCCAGCCCCAGAACUGGUCCACCAUCAUGAAGGACUUCCAGGGCUUCUUCACCUGGGACCGAGAGAACUAUGUGAGCUGCCACGACCCCAACAAUAACAAUCCCUUGCAAUGGCCUAACGUCCCAUAUCAGAUCUUGGGAGGCCCAACAGAAAACAAGAUCAUUUUCGACCAAAGGAAUGGAAUCUAUGUCUUUAUCAUUUAUAUCGUGGAUCCGUACUAUAGCUACUGUCACCUGACGACCACCUUCAGCAUCUACGUGUACGGGGCCUUCCCACUGCCCAUCCUCCAUCCUGAGAUCACCAUUACCCUGAUCAUGAUAACCAUCCUGCUGUCUGUGUGGCUGGCCUACAUGAUCCCCAAAUGGCUGAACAUGGAGCAGGGCCACAGCUUCAAAGGGUACUGGGUCAGUCUGUGCAACAGGUGCAGAAAGUCUUGUGCGUGUUUCCAGUUUAGGCGCUGA